AUGACAGAGAUAACUCGGACAAGUGCUGACGCUCGCAUCCAUGCGAUAACUCGAGACACAUACCGGUCCAGCUGCAACUCAACACCCGAGGUGUAUGCACCCACAGCUAAUGGCAAUAGCAACGGAAACUACCGCAAUCCACCAUUGCAGGUCCUCAACGGACACUCGAACAGCUGCAGCACGGGCAGCAGCAGCCUGACGAACCGAGAGGCUUUCGAGGAACGCGAGAUGUAUUACGUGUCACCGACCAAACGAAAAAGCAGCCGAGGCGAAAAUCGCUCCGAGAACCUUCAUCACGUACGUCGGUCAUCGAUGACCUGGAACCCACUCAGCCUGGUAACAGCGACAAUACAAAAGAAACGCCCCGACGAGGCACGUUCCCCUACCACCGAUAGUGGUGGUGGAAUUGGAAUAUUAUGCCAUCCCUCAUACGGGACAAUACGUUCCGAAACGGCAGCGGCGGCGUCGUCGGCGGCGGCGAUGGACAAUUUCGAGAACUCCAGCCAUUAUUCAGACUCGGCAAUGCAGCUCCUCCGGUCAGGCAGUUGCAGUGGAGUGGGCGGUGUCAUCGGCAAUAACAAUCUAGUCACGGCAGCGAGCAGCAGCAGCAGCAGUAUGCACACGUUACUGCCAUCAGCCACAGCGGCACGUACUUCCAAUAACGUGACAUUCUCCAAUUGCACCGAAGAGCGGCCGUUCUACUCGAGUCGCGGUUCGUUGCGACGCAGCAAGGGACGCAGCAACCAGUCGCUGUGCAGUUGUGAUGCUGGCGCGGAGACGGAAAUCAAUCCGGAUCCCAUCCGGCCGCUGUAUCAGUACAGCUUGGAACGACGCAGCAAAGGACACACGUACACGUGCGAGCAGAACGCACAGAUACUUAUGAGACUUGAACGUGAACGCAAUAGGAAAUUAUCGCUUAAAGACUCUGCGGGGAAGGAUGCUUUUGCGGCCGCCAAUAAUGCCAGCGGCAAGAGCUGUGUGAAUUCAUCUCUUGAUUCUCAGACCGACUCCCAAUCAGAUGUCGACCUAAUACCAGCACCACCACCACCUCCUGCCUUGGCAAAUCGAAAACCACCCACCAGCCUCUUCCAUCAUACUGAUUUGUUACCUGAUUGUGGCGGCAGUGGCAGCAUUAGUGGGAUGGGCAAUAGCUUCGAAGUGUCCUCAAUUCUGGAUGAUUGUGCGUCGACAAUGAUGAAGUGUGCGAACGUGGGCUCGAAUUUGGCCUUUAGUAUAGGACAAUCGGUGAAACCGGAUGUUUGUCAUGUAAACACAAACGCCUCCACUACCGCCGACGAUAGAGAACGUAACACUCGAAUGGGUCGUCCCUCAACACCAUCCGGAGGUGGCGGUGGGAAUAUUUGUCCAUGCAUCAGAGAUGACUUCUCCCUUGUCGGGAACAGCUCCAUCAUGCUUAACAAGAUGAAGAAAUCCGAUGAAGAGGAAACGUUGUGUGCAUUCCAUGCCUACAAUCAGUUUCAGCAGCAGAAGCAUCAGCAUCUACAACAGCAGCAGCAUCAUCAUCUGGAACCCUUCGAAGUAGAUGAGAAUUUUCAUAACCGCAGCAGCCUCAGUUUAGGUAAAUACAAUACAAUUGGACCAAGCAGUGAGUAUGCAAAGCAAUUAGCCUCCUAUGCCACGCUCGCCCAUCACCAAAAGCAUCCGCAGCAUAACUCCUCGACCACAGAUAGCCUCAAACGCAAUCAGCAACGUAAUCUGGAACGUUUGCGUUGCUUAUCCCAAUCGUUGUCGAAUUUUUCUACCAGCGGUGGUGGUGGUGGUGGCGGUACAACUGAUUCCCUGCGCCAUCUCCAUCACACAUCCCAUCAUCACCUUCACUCGCAUCCAUAUCAUCAGCAGCAGCACCAACACCAGCAUCAACAACAGCAGCAGCAUUCCCGACAUAUCGGGGAUGUUUAUCAACAUGAAGGAUACAAAAUGCAUUGGCAUUCAAAUUGUGUCAAUAAGGACCGCUCUAAUGGUGGUACAGGUGGUGGUAGUGGCAGCGGUGGCAUUGGUGGAGCUUUUGUGGAUUUAACUACAAUGCCAACAACCCUGGGCCGACAUCCUUACACCCAGUUACAAACACCUUCGAAUGCAUUCAGCAGUUGUAGCUUCGGUGGAUCGAACAUUUUGAAUAGUUCAUUUACGACGCUGGCUAGCGGCUCGAGUAGUGGCCUUAAAGAGAAACUGCAACACGAACAAAUGGAACAACAUAUGCAACAUAAACAAUUGCAAAAACAAUUGCACUCUUCUAGUUCUACAACGAGCAUAAUGCCAUGGAAGCAUCGACAAUGUCCGAGUCGAGGUUCAUCCAGUUCGGGGACGAAUUCAUUUCGAUUCGAUGCUGCGAAACAUUGGCUAGCUGUUAGUUCGAUACUUUUAAUAAUUGGUGCUGCAAGUGUUGCCGUGCCUUUGGCCUUACGCGUAGCUGCAAGUGCUCCAUUCGAAGAGCGUUUACGAGUGGCUAUUCAACUCCUGGAUCAAGUGCCUUUAAUCGAUGGGCAUAACGACCUACCUUGGAAUAUUCGCAAGUUCCUGCAUAACAAGCUUAACGAUUUCAAUUUCGACGAGGAUCUUAGAAAUGUCAUGCCAUGGGCUAGAAGUCAAUGGAGCCAUACAGACCUACAGAGACUGAAGAAGGGUCGUAUAUCUGCUCAGUUCUGGGCAGCUUAUGUACCUUGCGAAGCACAACAUCGAGACGCUGUUCAACUGACGCUUGAACAAAUCGACGUAAUUAAACGACUGACUGAACGCUAUUCACCACAGCUGACGACAUGCACAUCAGCGGCGGACAUCAUUGAAGCCCACAAAAAUCAUCAACUCUGCUCGCUUACCGGCGUUGAGGGUGGUCACUCAUUGGGCGGUUCAUUGGCUGUUCUCCGGACGUUGUACGCCAUCGGUGUCAGAUAUAUGACUCUAACGUCCACCUGCCAUACUCCUUGGGCCGAUUCAAGUCACGCUGAUGCACCAACCUUCAAUGUUAAGCACGGAGGCUUAACUAUUUUCGGCAAGUUUCCAACUUCCAGUUACAAACCUGUUUACAGCGCCAAUGAGUCACUUCAUCCUGGACCUCACUAUCGAAAUCUAUGCUGA